AUGACUAUAAAUUUUGCUAGCCUUCUUCAAAUAAAAUAUUCGGUCAAUCUUAUAUCGAAUUAUUAUGAAUGUCAAAAAAUUGUAGCACAAAAUGGAGAUAUUUAUCAAGUAAAAUUAAAUCUUAUCUAUAAAAAUUUAAAUUCAAUGAAUUUAUUUGUUGACACACUACAAACAUUAACAACAAAAACAAUGAAAAAUUCAUUAUUAAUAAUCAAACCAUACGAAGAAGCAAGAUCAUUUUUAUUAAUAUUUUUUUUUCAUAGAAUUGAAUUUGAUACAUAUCGAUACGAACGUGAUAAAAAAUUAAAAGCUGAUGUUACGGUUAAAUUAAGUUUACGUGAUUAUAAUCGAAUAAAAGUUAUGCAAUAA